AUGGCGUCACCUCCGCCAGAACCUGGGUCGAGAUUGGCAUCCGGCUCUCCCUCCCCAACCUCGGCCUCGGCCUCGGCCUCAUCCAGAGCAAACGCAUCAGAAGCUCGCCAACGCUCAGUGAGAACAAUUCCUCCUUGGAUUGCCCGUGAUGGGCCCCUCACCGAAGAGCAGCUCCGGUUGCUAAAUCCUCCUCAGCCUUCUGCAGCACCACAGCGCAAUGGCAUCCCCCAGCUGCCCCAGCGGCGGAUGUCAAAAGAUGGAUACUCUUGGGAGGAAGACCCCAAGCUGGGCUCUCCCCAAAACGAGCGCGGCCGGAUACCACACCUGUUCAAGUAUGGACGAGCCUCAGCGCGAGGAAGGAAGUGGGAUCAUCUUCGAUCCGCCGAGCCCGUAAUUGUUUCCGCUCAACAGUCGGCCUAUGGACAGCCGACCACCUCAUGGGCAGAUUUCGUACAUUCGUCGGCUUGGGGGCGCCCACAGGAGAGCCAUACAAUCGACAUUGAAGCCCUCAAUCAACUCCAACCCGGUUACGGCAGACCAGGCGAGAUGGCUUUGCACCUACCAGACAACAAGCACGAGCAGCGGCCCAAGGAAGUAUUCUCCAAGCGCUUGUGGAACCGCUUCAUGCGCAGCUCGCUCGCUCCCUUGCUGUUCCGAUUGACUGUGAUAAUCAUGUCCAUGAUAGCCCUAGGGAUUGCCGCAAGGAUGUUUGAUCUCGAGGACAGGGCGCUUGGCGAGAGCGCUGAGCGAACACAGUCCAUCUUUGCCAUUGCGGUGGACUCGGUAGCCAUUCCUUUCAACGGGUACAUGAUAUGGGAUGAGUACACGGGGAAGCCCCUCGGCCUGCGCUCAGCACGUUCGAAAAUGUCUCUCAUCCUGCUCGAUCUAUUCUUCAUCAUAUUCAAAUCAGCAGGCACCGCUCUGGCCUUUGAGCACGUCGUCUACCACACCUUUGGCGACCACAUCGUACGGGGGCUGGCCAAAGCUCUCGCAUCCUUUAUGCUCCUUGGCCUUCUCGCAUGGACCGCAAAUCUCUGUGUCAACAUCUUCCGGGUGGUAGAGAAGUUGGGGGGUGGCGAUGAGCAGCGCAUGUGA